AGAGUCACAUUCAACACAUUUACAGUCUCUCCUUCUUUAUACUUUGGUUCCAGUCUCUCUCUCUCUCUCUCUCUCUCUUUUCUCUCUGUUUGACAUGGAGAACUAUCCACCAUUUUUUCCUUUUUCAUCUUCAGCAUCAUCGGGUUCAUUAAGUAUGGUGACUUCUCAGUCUAAUCAUAAUGAUUUUCAAGGUAACAAGUCAAAUGGGUUCUUGGGAUUACUGUCAGAGAUGGAAGUUCCUGCAGCUAGUCUAAAUCUUAACAACAGCAACAACAACAACAACAUCAUGAGUCAGACCAAAAGUUUUGUAGGGUCUGAAAAUGAAGAGAAAAUAGGAAAGAAAAAGGGUUCGGAGAAGAAGAUAAGGAAACCAAGAUACGCUUUUCAAACCAGAAGCCAAGUUGAUAUACUCGAUGACGGGUAUAGAUGGAGAAAAUAUGGCCAAAAGGCUGUGAAGAACAACAAAUUUCCAAGAAGUUACUAUCGAUGUACACAUCAAGGGUGCAAUGUGAAGAAGCAGGUUCAACGAUUAACAAAAGACGAAGGAGUGGUGGUGACAACCUAUGAAGGAAUGCAUUCACACCCAAUAGAAAAGUCUACUGAUAACUUCGAGCAUAUCUUGAGCCAGAUGCAAAUUUACACUUCUUAUUAAGUCUCAAGUCCUCAAAAUCAAAUUAGCUGAAAGCUAGAAUUAUACUCAUCAAUAUCAAAUACACCUUUUUUUUUUUUUUUUGUAAAUGAUCUACUAUUGAAUUCAACUCUCAAAAUAAAAAUGUGUUGUAGGAA